GUAUGGAGACAGCAUGAAUGCCAGAUCUGUAGCAGGAAGACUUGUCUUUGCCCUUUUCCAGUGGAAAAGGCUAGUGAUCUUGUUCUGCGUGGGUCUGUGCAUGACGGAGCUGUACUAUUUGAUGAACACACUUGAAAGUGAUGUUGAGAGGCAUGUUGGCCAUGUUGGUGCUUGCCAGAGACGUUUCAUGUGGAGAAAGCCUUUUCUUGGAAGGUCUGAAUCUCACUGGAAUCCUUUCCUGACCAGCAAAUCCUUAUAUUUGCUCAUGGACAGGCCUUUUAGACGGAAGGCUGAAGAAGUUCUGUGGUUCCAUGAACUUCCUUUUGGGCUGAAGAGUUCAGUUCUCUUUGCUUUUAACACGUUGCAGCUUCUUCCAGAGCAGGAGCUGCCUGGAUCCUUUGGCCGCUUAUGGUGCCAAAGGUGCAUUGUGGUUGGCAAUGGCCACUCCAUCCAUGGACAGCGCUUUGGGAAUUUGAUUGACUCUCACCAUGUUAUCAUCAGAUUAAAUGAUGCUCCAGUUAGAGAGUACAAGAAAGAUGUGGGUGAGAGAACCAGCAUCCGUCUCUUCUUCCCUGAGUCUGCUCUGCCCAACCCUUUAGAAAACAAUGACAAUGAUACACUGAUGGUGUUUGUCCCAUUCAAGCCUUCUGAUUUCCUCUGGCUGAGGGAAGUGUUGCUGAAAACAAGGAACAAGACGAAGGUGGGAUUUUGGCACCAGCCCCCACAGCAGUGGAAUGGGAACAUCUCUCAGCUACGUGUUCUCAACCCAUAUGUCACCUACGAAGCAACAUACAAACUGCUGCAGCUGAAUGCAUCAAGUAGGAGAUAUGCCACCAUGGGAAUCAUUGCUUUGAACUUAGCCCUCCAUAUAUGCCAGGAGGUCAAUAUUGCAGGCUUUGGUUACCCCGGCAACCACGACAAUACUGCACCAAUACAUUAUUACAAUACAGGUCGCUCACGGAAAGAAGAGCUCAUUCAGCAUAAUCUCACAGCUGAGGGGAACUGGCUGCUGAAGAUGAUUGAGAGGGGAGUGAUUGCUGACCUAGCCAGCCCUGCCUUUCAGGCCCAGAACCGCUGAGAGAAGGCCGUGACGCUUGUUGUCUCCAUCCUGACAACCCUGGUGAUCCCAGCUGGACUUUACCCUUGUUCCAGGUUGUUCUGAGCAUGUGACAGCAUGUCCUGCCCCACAUGGGAUGGGAGAUGAAUCCUCCAAAUUCAGAGCACUUGUGCUUUUCUCUGUUGGCAUCUGUCUUUCAUUGCUGCCUGCUGCACUGGAGGAUGAGCAGUAUUACACAACCCUUCUUCCUUAAGUAAUCCCUUCCUGGUUUGUAAACAACUGUCCUUUGCUCACCAGGUUACUUGUGAAAAGCACCAGACUGAGAUGCUAAGCUGGUCUGCACCCCCUGAGAAAGGGAGUAGGGGAGUGGUGAGAGCGCAGUGCCUACCUUGAGAUUUCAAACUGCUUCCUACAGAUUGGAGUGAGAGAGAGUCGUACCUACCCAUCGCCAUGGAAAAGGACUGAACACUCAGAAAUUUCAGUGUCUUGCUGAUUGUUGGCAAAUGUUAAUGUCUUCAGGAGUUGUUUCUUUUAUUGUUCUGUUUGAGAAUAAAUGCACUUCUCAGUUUCAAGGGGUUGGCACUGUCUUGUGGGAGGGGGAUUCCCCAUGCAGACAGGUGAGAACUACCUUAGAAUCGCCUCUGAGAUCUUUUUAUAGCUCCAUGACCCCAUGCAGUCUCCUUUUUUUUUCCCUCCCAGCGUUCUGACCCAAGCUUUGCAUGUCUCUUCCAGUUUGUGCUGAGCAUGGAGCCACCCUGCCAAGUCUACUUUGUGUGCUAAAGAUCUUCCACAUUUAAGAAACCCCCUUAAAACCUCACCUGUUUGUGGCUGGCUCAUCUCCACAUCUCACAGGUGGUGAGAGUCUGCGGUGAGAUGGUCUCAUGACCACCUCUGUGGCCACAUCUUCUCAUCCUCUACAGCUUCCUUCCAGGAAGCAGCUGUGUCAUAUUUCCCCAUCUUUACUGCUUUAUUCCUGGCCUUUUAUCAUUGUGGGUUCACCUCAGUUGAUGCUUUACCAAAAUGUUGCCUCUACCUGGAGAAAGAACCUAUGGCAUGACAUUAAACUAAUGGUGAUGUUGGCAGGACCCCUUUGUUGCAGCCUCUUCAGCCAGAUGCUCCCUGAGAAGCUUGGUUCCUGCUCCGCUAGAGCUGAAAUGGUUUUGCCCUGGUCAGUGCAUGCAGCUCAUGGCCAAAGAAAUGUUGACAAAUCUCCCCCAAAGCUGUCUUGCCCCGGGAGCCUGAUGCAAGAACAGGAGGCCCCAGUCCAGCUCAGUUUGAGGAAGGUCACCUGAAGGCUAAAAGGCAAUGGCCUGGUCUUGCACGUGCAGACAGAACUGAACUGAUCUCGGGAGGAAAAAGCUGCUUCAGCAGUGGCGAAGCUUUCUAACAACACCUCAAACUCAAAGCGGAGUUUCUCCCUCAAUCUGAACACUUAUCUUCUCCAAUGCUGCAAGAUCCAGAAGCAAAGGCAAGAGGUCUGAUCUUCCGUCAGAUGUGAAAUGCUUCCACCCACUUCACACUGGCAGAGCAUCACAGGUGAGAGUUACAGGCAUCACGGCAGUGUAGCGAGGACCCUUUCUGAUGACGCCAGCUUCUCAGCUCCUCCACCAGCCCCGGCGCAGCGGGAGGCUCAGCACCGUCACUAUCCAGCGUCUGCCAGGUCGGCCGGGGACGGCCGUGUGAGGCGGUGAUUCACCAGUUCCAGGAAGCAACGUGUUUGUGAUAUUUGCAGCAAGAGCAUCUUAAAGCCAUUUUCAGAUUUUUUUUUUUUCAUUGUGAUUUAUAAAAAUUGUUUUUUUCCCAGCAGAAUAGCUGGGAAAAUCCAACAUGCUGUUACUUUUUUGAGACGUUUUCUUUUCCUAUCUACUCAGACAACCUUUCAGGCUUGGACAGAUGACUCAGCUGCGAAGUAAAAGGAGGGACCACGUGUCAGCUGAACCUUAAGCAUUCAGUAACUGUCUACGCACCCUGAACCUAGACCCCAGCUGCAACAUGAUGAGAUUUAAGCUUAAUUCACCCCAAGUGACUGCUAAGCUGAGCUGUAUUAACUGAUACACUGCUAGUUAGGAAGGCACAUAUGGCCAGUGCUGCAACCCAUCUGAAAGCAAUACAGGAUCAGGUGGUAGAGCGUGCCUGAGCUGCUCGAGUAUAUUUGGAAGUUCUCAUAGUGCUCCCUAUCUCUAGCUCUGCAAAUACUGUGUCGUGUAAGUACCAGCAUUUCAUGGAUGCUCUCACCUAUCUGAUCCCUGACUCACAGUCAAGUAGUUAUUACACAUGGUUCUUUCACUCAAAAUAAAACCUGCUUUGCUCAUUCUUGAAACAGUUCUUGCUAUGUUCCUUAACCUCCAUUUGCAGAUAGACUUGGGGACCUGUUAACCUGACUGCUGAGCCAAAAACAGCCUCUCUUGUGGGCAAUAGGUGUUGAUCUACAUAUGAUACUGUGUUAGACGUGACCUCAAAAUCACCAUAGAUACAGACUACCCUAUUUGUUCUCGUGGCCGGGACAUUGUGCAGCUACAUUUGUUCCAGCUAACCUCAUACUGAACAAACACUGAAGUUCUCUGUCUGUCUUUUGUCUCCGUAGCGAGUUGCUGGGUUGGUUUGCAGAUGUUCAUAUAUUGUCUACACACCAGUUCCCUCAAUGAAAUGCAUGCAGGAUAUCAGCAGUUGUCUUGUCCAAGAGUUUAGCUAACUUUUGUGUUCAGCUGGAGUUCCUUUUUUUUUUCUUUCUUUUUUUUUCUUUUUUUUGGGGGUUUUUAAUAUAUGCAAUAGUACAACUUGUUUUGUCAGUACAACUAUGUUGUGGCCAUCUUAUGAUAGGUAAUACUUUGCUUCAGAUGACAGGGGUUGCGUAUAUGCUGUCUGCUGUUGUGUUACUUAUAUUAUAAUAAUGUUCAAGAGAACAAAGAUUAUCCUGGCAUGUGUUUUUAGAAACACUGAGAUUUCUGUAACACCUCCUUCCUGAAAGAUCUUUGAUGAUCCCACUAGAAAAUUGCCAGCACAGUGAAUCAUGUUAUAUUUUAGAUGU